CGAAACCGGCAAGACCAUCACGCCUCAUAUCCAACAACAUGAAGUUCCAAACUACCCUCGCCAUUCUCGGCCUCGUUGGCGCGAGCGUCGUUGGUGCUGCACCAGUUGAGGAGCGCGACGCUCACAACGCUGAAUACAAAAAGGUCAUUGGCAAGCGCCAGUUCUAUCCAGUGUACGGAGUUGACGAGGGAGAGAGCGACAAAGUGGACAAGCGCCAAUUCUACCCAGUCUACGGAGUCGAUGAGAACGACAAGGUCAAGCGCCAGUUCUACCCGGUUUACGGCGUGGACGAGAAUGACAAGGUCAAGCGCCAGUUCUACCCAGUCUACGGCGUGGACGAGAACGACAAGGUCAAGCGCCAGUUCUAUCCAGUCUACGGCGUAGACGAGAACGACAAGGUCAAGCGCCAGUUCUAUCCAGUAUAUGGUGUCGAUGAGAACGACAAGGUGGAGAAGCGCCAGUUCUAUCCGGUAUAUGGUGUCGAUGAGAACGAUAAGGUGGAGAAGCGCCAGUUCUACCCAGUAUAUGGCGUCGAUGAGAACGACAAGGUAGAGAAGCGCCAGUUCUACCCGGUCUAUGGCGUUGAUGAGAACGACAAGGUGGAGAAGCGCCAGUUCUACCCGGUCUACGGCGUUGACGAGGAAACGGGCGCUGAGAACUAGGUGGUAAAUCCAUUGAUCUCACCCGCAGGCUCGUUGUCGGUAGUGAGCCAGACGUGUUGGUUGUAAUGCGCUAUCGCAGGCACUAGCUAGCAUAACCGUCGUUGUAUGCAAUACGUCGCGCUAUUCAACAAUUGCAGGCGGUCUAGUGGUUCUACUCUAGGGUAGAUUGAAAUACUAGUUGCCCGGGACUUCUUCGGCUUGUUUGU